AUGCCUUCCACACAACCGUACAUAUAUUCAGAGAACGGAGACUCAACUCCCACCCCGCAUGCGUUGCUGCCCUUUCUACAAUCUCAAUCACAAAACACUUUGACGAGGCUGUACCAAAGGCCAUCAUCAUGUCUGUCAAUAUUUCGGCUUCUUGCACCGUUAGAACGACAAAUAAUUAUGAACCUACUAUGGCUUGAGUCUGCUAUAGCGGCGUCAACUAUGGCGGCGUGGGUCAUCCGCGAAGGCAAAAAGCUAUAUGAAGAUGCCCUUGCUACUCUCGGACGGUUGAACAUUAUACCACAGUCAUCCACCAAGUUGGCACUGAACGGAACAUUCAAGUCCGGGUUGCGUCAAGCGAUGACUGGAGGAGGAUCCAGCGGGAGUUUCGGUGUCCCAGCUGAUAAGGAUGAUAAAAGACAAGGCAUUGAUAUUGAAGCCCUGGAUGGAUAUGCCUUGGAACGAUGGGAGACUAUUCUACACUAUAUGGUGUCUUCAGGAACUGGCCAAUCACCCACAAGACCGUCUCAAGGCGUUCUUUUUCUUCUACAGCGAAGUGGGUUAAUGGCUUUGUCCCACUCUUCAUUACUUCAAAUUACGUCCGCUGGAUUCCAGUUCUUGCUUCACUCACCUCACGAUCAACUUUGGGACUUACUGCUUCAAUACCUACAUUUGGCGGAGGAGCGACAAAUGGACCUCGUUGAGGUACUUGGAUUCAUAUUCAUGCUAUCGACAAUGGAGUUGGGGAGGGAAUACUCAACUGAAAAUCUGAGUGGGACACAAAAGGCCAUGCUGGAGGAUCUGCGAGAUUAUGGCCUCAUCUGGCAAAGGAAGCCUUCAUCGAGGCGCUUUAGCCCUACGCGACUCUCGACUACCUUGACAUCGUCAGCCCCGCCUCUUCCUACAGCCAGGGGCACAAGCUCUGGUCCGCAGGAAGGUUUCAUCAUUCUAGAGACCAAUUACCGUGUUUACGCAUAUACUGACAACCCAUUGCAAACUGCUGUGCUCAAUCUCUUCGUUUCGUUGAAAUAUCGUUUUCCAAACCUCGUCGUGGGCUCUAUUACACGAGACAGCGUGAAGAAGGCUUUGAUGAAUGGAAUAUCUGCUGACCAGAUUAUAAGCUACUUGACUGCCCAUGCACAUCCUCAGAUGCGUAAAAAUAACCCUCUGCUUCCGGUCACUGUACAGGAUCAGAUUAGACUCUGGGAGCUGGAACGGAAUCGUUUAAAAUCUCGGGAAGGUUACCUCUACACCGCGUUUGCGUCGCAAGCCGACUACGAGUUUGUUCUUAACUAUGCAAAGGAGCUUGAUGUAGUGGUAUGGGAGAAUAGUGUCAAGCGAUGUUUCUUUGGCACAUUGGAGGGACACUCGAACAUCAAAGGAUUCAUUGAGCGGCGCACACUGGCAGCAGGUUCUUGA